CUUUCGAGGUCAUAUACACUGAGCAGUAAAAUCAAUUUAGCGGCAGAAACAGUCAAACAGGAUUUAACGCGUUUUCCUAUGAUAAAGUUGGUUCCUUAUCGGCACCGGUAAGACUCUGAGGGGAGUUACCAUCAUGGCUGCCACGGUAGUGAAGCUGGCGGUGAUCCCAGCAGCAAUGGGAUUGGCCUCGUUUCGAGUUUAUGCCAUGAGUCAGUGCAAAACAGAGACUGUGCUGCUCUCCCCUAGAGAGUUGUCCAUCUAUGCUCCAGACCCUCCAGCAACGCACUACAUGAAUGAGCAGCCUGGAGCUCUGCAGAACGGGCUGGGUGUGGUCCGGGUGGGGCUGCAACCAUACGUUACUGCCGUUAAGAAUGCUUAUACCUCUGUCAAGGUCGGAGCUGUAACAGUCUAUACUGCUGGACACGAUACAUAUGAGUUCCUGAGAGAUCCUUCUCCUGGUUUUAUGCCGAGGGUCGGUGUAAUCACAGUCUCUGGGUUAGCGGGUCUGAUCCUGGCAAGGAAAGGGUCACGUCUGAUGAGGCUGGGGGUUCCUCUGGGUAUGGCCACUGUAGGCACUUCCGUGUGCUACCCCACUCAGACAGUGGGUGUUGUAAAGAUCACGGGGCAGAAGAUGUAUGCAGCAAGCCAGUACACUACAUCAUCUAUGGCAUCCAUAUUUAAAUCAAAGCCCAAAGAAGUAACCCCCCCAACUGUCAGUCUUGAGCAAGCCCCGCAAGCUACCAUCCCUGAGCCAGAAGUGUCAGAGGCAAAGCCCCUCCCUGAAGCUGAAUCAUCUGAACUAGCCACGCCUGCUGUUGACAAGGCUUCCCUCACUGAACCUAGUUCUGCCUCAGGCCCCGUAGAGGGUGCUCCAUCUGUGGUUGAACCUGCCCCUCAGUCCACCACAGAGGUGGCCCCUGCAGAUGGUUCUAUUGACACUGAGCCUGCUGCAGCUGAACCUGAGGCAGUCACAGUGGUGGAGCAAGAGGCUGUUCAGACGGCCCUUGUGCCUGCCCCUGCACCUCCUGUUGAGGAAGCUGCUGCUUCACCUGCUGAAGAGAUUCCUCCACCUGCCCCUGUUGAGGCUGUCCCUGCACCUCCCCCAGCAGCGGAAGUUAUUCCUCUCCCACCUCCUGCUGAAGAGACAGAGCUUCCACCCCUUGCAUCUGUUGAGGAAGCUGCUCCUUCACCCCCGGCACCUGUUGAGGAGGAAGCUGCUCCUUCACCCCCUGCACCUGUUGAGGCUGCCCCUGCACCUAUAGAGGGGGUUGCUGACCCACCUCCUGUAGCUGAAGAGACUGCACUGAAGAGACAGACAGUUGACGAGGCUACUCCUCCAGCUACAACAGAGGAGCCCUCUGGGAUUGUAACAAAAACUGCUGGGAAACCCAAAUUUGCACCAGACCCUAAGUUAAUUGACCUUGGCCAGGCCAGCCCUGAGGAUGCGGACCUGUACAGCACGCGUGGAUGAAGAAUGACAGGAAGAGAAGGUGGGGGAUAUGUGGGAGGGAGGGGAAGGAUAAGGGUAAUCUCCAGAAAUUUAAAAAUAAUAAAGCAACACUUUUUCAGGUGCCUAUUUCUCUCUUUACCUCAGUGAUAGGGAACAGUUAGUCCUAUACAGGCUGUGUCCCGAUUAUCCACCCUUCUCCCCAAGUGUGCAAUUGCACACUACCGGUCAUGGAUUUAACAAUUUGAAUCCAUAUCAGGGAGGAGGAUUGAGAAUCAGGUUGCAGCAAUAGUGUGUUGGAAUUUUGACCUCUGGUGUCAUCUGUUUCUUUGCAUGGCCUGCAGUUUACAUGUAGACACCCACAGGGAACAGGGUGCAGGUCAUCAUCUGCAUCCACAGGCACAAACGGACAUCUUUACACCCUACUUCCAGAGCCACUACACAAGGUUUUACUUACCAA